GAUCACGUGAUAUUUGACUGUAUUCUUCCGGAUAACAAACGCACCCAUUCGGCUCACUGACAGAAAUGGCUACCACGGAAGUGGAGCGUAGGCGAGGCCACCUGGCUGCUCUGUCCAUAGCAGCCGUGGUCAUCAUCGUGGGCGUCCCUCUGUGGUGGAGAACCACUGAGACCUACCGCGCCUGGCUGCCUGUCACUCAGAUAAAUGAGUUGUCUAAUCUGCAGCUACAGUUGAGUGCUGAUGUGGAGGUUGUGUUUGCGCGUGGAACGGUGACACCAGAACAGCAGAAGAAGUUCCCACUGACACAGACACAGGAUGAGGAACACACAGUCGAUGAGGACACCGCUUUGAGGUACAGGUAUGAGACAAAGUACCGCACAGCUACGAUCAUGGAGGAGGACGCCCUGAACCAGCCCACUGCUGCAGAGGCCGAUCUAUCUCUGCACACGCUCAGUGAGAGUCCGUGUGGCUCUUUGGUUGUGUACGUGAUCCCAGAGUCAUCUUCACUGCUGCCUGAGGAUGUGGAUGUGUAUGUCGGUCAGCGGCGGACAGCCCUGCUGCGUAUCGGUGCCCAGAUGAGAGUGGGCAAGACACUGGAUCAGUUACUGGCUCACCUGGAGCCGCGGACCAAGCAGGUGCUGCAGGUGAUGUCGUUCAGCCACACCGACAUCACCGCGGCCCUCAGCGACAGAGUCCGCCUCAGCCCUGGCAACAAAGAGAGCAUCGCUGACAGCAUGAGAGCCUUUAAAUCCAGCCCAGGUUAUGAGAUAACAUUCAGUCUGCUGAACCCAGACCCAAAGUCACACCGGCUGCACUGGGACAUAGAGGGUGCUGUGCAGACCUACAUCCAACCUUUGCUCACAAAACUGGCCUCUGUGGCCAACUUUAGCAUCGACUCUCAGACCUUAUACUACGCCAUGCUCGGUGUCAACCCGCGCUUUGACAGCAGCCUCGGGGCCUACACGCUCAACUCUGACAGCCUUGCCCAUGUGAUCAACCCUGUGGAGGCUAGACUGGGCUCAAAUGCUGCAUCUUCCAACCCGGUAUUGAAUUUUCUUCUGUACGUCCCGGAUGCCCAUCAUUCACCCCUUCACAUUCAUGACCGCAAGAAACAGGAAGUGCCCUCUAAUGCGUUUCACUCUCCACGUUGGGGUGGAAUUAUGAUCUAUAAUGUUAAUAGUUUCUAUGGACCAGAGGCUGUGUUCCCUGUUGAUCUCAACAUCGACAUGGCCAAAGUCAUGGGAGUCUUUCUCGCACAGCUUCGACUGUUGCUGGGUGUGCAGACAUCCACCGCUCCCUCUGGCUUCCUGGUGGCACCGUGCGGCAGCACAGGCCUAGCCGAUUGGGAGCUGGACCGUCUCAUGUGGAGUCGGACUGUGGAGAAUGUUGCAACAGCAACCACGACCAUCACGUCACUGGCACAGCUGUUGGACCAAAUAGGCAACAUUGUUAUCAAUGAUAACAUUGCUGAACAGGUGUCCAGUGCCGUCACGUCUCUCCAGCUGGCUGUGGCUGAGUUGGAGGCCGGGAACCUCCGCUUUGCUCUGCAGUACAGUAAAGAGGCCAUCCUGGCAUCAGAGAGGGCCUUCUUUGACCCUUCACUCCUGCAUCUCCUCUACUUCCCUGAUGACCAGAAGUUUGCUAUCUACAUACCCCUCUUCCUGCCUAUGUGUGUGCCUAUUCUUCUGUCGCUGCUCAAAAUAGUGUCUGACGCUCGACAGAAACGCAGAGAGAAGCAAGCCAAAAAGGACUGAGGACGCAUGAAGGGAAGAUGUGAUGAACAGGUGGUCUGGACAAAACACACGUUAUGAACUGUUUUGUCAGUGGCCUUGACAUUUAGGUACAGCAGUGUGCAUGAAGCAAGACUCGUUUGCAGCAUUGGGGUGUGGAAAUUACAAAACGGUAAUUUAUUGUUUCAUGUAAGGAAUUGUGUUUACUUUAAGAUUUUAAUGAAUGGCUGCCGACGCUGUGUAACACUGCAUACUGGAACGCUUGAAUUGUUAUAA